AUGGCAAGCGCACCGCUCUGCAUGUUCUUCCUCCUCUUCGCAUGCGCCGCCGCCGCCGCCGCCGACGGCAUUCCUCAGCCACCGUCGCCGCCGGGCUUUUUGAGGCAGCGUUCCGAGGCGUUUGAGCUGCCGGGGCUUGGCUUCACCAUCCCUCGGGCGGCGCUGCGGGACCCGAAGAUCAAAACCUGCUGGAAGUUGCUGCUGCAGAAGAAAACCUGCGUCACCGCCCUCUACAGCAUGGUGCAGGGCGGCGAAUCGGGGCAGCUCGGCGAGGACUGUUGCCGGACCUUCAAGGGCCUGGCCGACGGCUGCAUCCCCGACAUGUUCGGCAUUCCUCCGCCCUUCUCCAGUCUGGUCCCCGGCGUGAUCAGGGAAUCCUGUGUGGCAUACGCAUGA